AUGAGUUGCGUGGACAUGGGGGUCUGCAGCUUUCUGCCCCAUCAUGCAGACGCCCUUCGCUGUCACCCUCUGUGGGACGUAUCGAUUUCCAUCCCCGUCACCAUCCUGGCCAUCGCCUUCCAAACAAUUCAGUUUGUCCGGGUGUCUCUGAAGGUGUCAUGCAAAGAGGCGAGGCACGGCGGGGAAGAGGGAGGAAGACGCCCAGCGCAGGCGAGGCACAGCGGGGAAGAUGGAGGAAGACGCGAGGAGCCACGGGAAUGGCAGGCACGCGCGUUCUCCCCCGACGGGCACCGCAGGAGGCCGAAGACGACUCUCCAACAGCCGACACGGCCGCGACGACGCGACUCAGCUCCGCGCUGCCCAAGCGCAAGCCUGUCCAGGCGGCGCUUCCGGCAGUGCAUCGCACAUGUGCAGGGCUUCAAGGAUGGCCGCUGUGAGAUGACCGCGUAUUCACAAAGCGUGCGGCGACAGCAAGCGGCUGUGGGCCGAGAGCGCCUGACCACCACCACCGUGGGUCUGCAUGCUCCUUCAACAGAAAUCUGUUACAGCGGGCUUAUUACCCACCGGGUCCCUGUGAGCAGUGGAGACUGA